GAUUGCAUAGCUUACACUGAAAGGAUUGAUAAUAACUUUCAGUAGUGAGCUUACAAACUGUGUUGAUAGCACGCGAAUUUAGUUACUUACACUUAUAACAAACUCUUACGUACAAAUAAGGAACUCCAGAUUCACUAUAAAAUUUUCUUAUCAUUCUGAUUACAGACAAUAAAAAGCUACAUUCCAAAUUUGAAAUCUUGAACUUUUUAGGCGGCUAUCAUGAGAUUACAAUUUUUUAAAACAACAGAUUAAUAAAUUCCAUAAAGCCGCGGAUACACCGUGCAUUGCCGGUUUUUUGAAACUGUCGUUUAACAGCCAAGCUGUUGCCUGAUAUCCCGGAGCCGGGUUCAGCACCACCAGUGCUGGUGGCUGAUACUCCGGUGAGGGUGCAAGUGAUGGAGGUAUCGAAGCCAAACAGUGGUGUACGGGAGGUACUUGAAGAUAGAGACCCUAAUAAUCUGAAUCAACAUAUACAGAUAAUAUGGGACGACGUGAUCGGCGAGCCAGAGGGUGUCCGGAGUCCAGAACGAGCGUGGCGGAUCAGCCACUUCUGCUUCAGGCACGCUCGCAACUGGUGCUAUAUAGUGCUGUCCGUGCUGGUCGCCCCGCCGUGUGCUCUGGUGUUGGGAGUGGGAUUCGCGUGCUUGGCUUUUGAAAAGACUGAAUGCUUGCCCUUUGCUACAACUUCCAAGAAAUGGCAAGACUACUGGGUGUCGAAGGAAAAAGAGAAAAAAGAAAAGAUUGUAUGGUACGUAGGUAUAGUCAUUAAGGAUUAAUAACAGUAUUGUAAGAAUGAUUUAUAACAUUUAAUAAAAUAAACUUCAAUAUAAAUACAGACUUUUUUUAUUUAUUAAACAAAACUAAUGUUCGAAGAAGGACAUUUUGUCCAUUUUGAAAAUGGUCAACUUUUAGAGCAAUGAUGGUCAGAUAUUGGUGAUCAGUGGUCAGGUAUUGGUACUUUUAGCAGAAGUAAC